AUGAUGGUAUGGUUGGAGACCAAGGUUCCCCAGGAGAAGACCGAGCAGUCCCAGCUUGCCACGACUGCAAAGGUUCAUCGCAACGCGGCUGAAGAACAUGACGAAGAGUUCGAAGAUGAGCACCCUUUGCUCGAACCGUUCAACCAACUCAGCGUUUACAAACCAUCAACGAGCUUCAAAGGCCCGGGCAAUUCAGACAACUUUCUGCGCAGUGUGAGGAAUCUUUCUGGGUUCUACGGCGACGACGGUAGCCUGGAUGCGAACACAAACUUUUAUGAACCCAGCGCCUUGCCUUCGCGGCGAGAACAGUCGAGAACGCAGGUGCGGCUGCCUCCUAUUGACAUCGCCCGACGACUCUUUGCGGCGCAAUACACAUACAUCGGCACCAUCUUCGCCUUCACCGAUCCCAAGGCAGAGUUCGACCGAGCACUUGUCGAGGCGUACCGCGGGCCGCCAGACCCUUGUGACAAGGAAGCAUGUCUGUCGUACGCAAAGGUGCUCAUCAUUCUGGCCUUUGGCCAGCUCUACUCCGUCAACCAAUGGGUUGACUUCAGAGGCCCGCCAGGCUUUGAAUACUUCACUCAUGCCUUGAACCUAUUGCCCGACACGCACGAAGAGGGUUCGAUUCUCUGCGUCGAGACCCUGGCCCUCGUCGGCUAUUUCAUGCAGAACAUGAAUCGUCGCGACGCCGCGUUCCUCUACACCGGCAUGGCCCUUCGCAUGGCCAUAUCGCUCGGUUUGCAUCACGAGAUCGGCUCCGGCCCAGUACAAAAUCCCUUGCACGGCCAAGAGGCGAAGCUGGCGACGCUGGACGAUGCGACUCGCGAGCACAGGCGGCGGGUGUGGUGGUCUGUCUAUAGCCUGGACCGCAUCAUGUCGGUGAAAUCGGGCAAUCCCAUCACCAUCCAGGACGAGGAUAUCGGCGUCGACCCACCUUCGAGGUUGCCCACCGAGGCAGAGUAUUGUCCGGCCGUGGUACUACGGCACUACACCGAACUGUCCCGCAUCCUCGGCGAGAUCCACAACACCAUUUACCGCAAGUCAAGCAAUACCGUCCCCAAGUCCGGGAAACGCUUGAUGACUUCGGUACAAAGCAUUGUCUUCAAACUCUCGAAAUGGAACCGCGACUUGCCGGACGAGCUACGCUUCGACCCUGCGCGGCUCAGUAUCAGUCGCGAGAGCGUCUCUGUUUUUGCACAUUGGCACUCAUGUAUCAACAUGACCGCGAGGCCGUUGCUUUUCCACGUCGUCCAGAAGCGGCUGCAGAGGAUUCGCAGCAGCAAUGAACCCGGAGAGAAGGAGCGGGACUGGAAAGAGGGCUUGUCGUCUGCGACGGUGAGGGUCAUCGACAUGUGCAUUGGUGCGGCCCAGGAUGCCAUCAACAUUAUGACCAUCGCAGCGCAGAGAGACCUUGUCGCAACGUACGGAUACAUGGAUGGAGAGCAUAUCUUUUCGGCGUCCAUCGUUCUUGUAAUGGUCUGCGUCGCAUUCCCUACCGACUCUUCUAACAUUCUGGCCAUGAACGCCGGGCUCGAUCUCCUCAAGGGAAUGGGGGAACGGGGUAACAGUCACAUGGGCGCUCGAUACGAGCUUCUCGCCAACCUUCGCUCUACAAUUAUUCCAGGAACGAAUGGUCAGCCUGAGCCCCUGCCUUCAUUCUCAACAGACUUUUCACCGACGGAGUCUGCGAUGCCGACGGGGCUUCCUCCCGCGCAAGUGACCAUGAUGCCGGCAGGCAUGGGGGACAGCCAUCGGAAUCUCGGUGCGAUGCAGAGGAAUGUUGGGCAGAGGGUCACCUUCCCGGCCGUAGACAACAGCUCCCUCGGCGAGCCGUUCUACGAUGAUAGCGUGAGCACGGUGAUGGAUUUCGGGCUCUGGGAGGAGGGUUUCGCCGAUCCGGCCAUGGACGCAAGCUUUGAUUUCUCUCAAUGGACACAAACGGCGGGCAUGACUCAAGCAGACGAUAGGAUGGAUGAUGUAUAA